UUACCAGAACUUUAUCGUAAGAUCCACGUUAGAAUAUGCUAGAAAUUUAGUGUGCGCCGGCCGUCAGAGUCAACUCCGAUAGUUCCAAGUUGCCUCCUCUUACAAUUCGCUUGUUUACCUUAUGACACAGUGCGAAAUGUGGUCCAGAUGUGGUCUCGCGUAGGUCAGUUUUAAAACUUGAACUACUAUCAGCAAAUCAAAAGUGUGACAGAUUAUCUAGCUCUUGUUUUUUUUGGCGUUUGGGUUUGUGUCAAAUCAUCGGCAAUUGAAUUAGUUUGCUCGCCGCUGAACACGUUUUCUUUUUGUGAGAAAGACUCUUCUCAUCUUGAACUCUUUCAUAUAUAAGUUAACUCUUUAUCCUUUCAUUCGGCGAUUUCUACCUCAAGUUUCGGAAUCGCCGGUACAUCUUUCGUUCACGUGCCAAGUUCUCCGUCUUUUUGUUUAUCCAGUAUCUCACCAUCUCCAAGCAAAAUAAUCAGCAUGGAAAAUAUCGUGACGGACACUGCCCUUCAGCAUAUUGUAGAUGAAAACCUGGAGGAUUCAAUUCAGCCACCAAAAGACAGGCUCUUCGGAAUCUUGGACAAGCUUGAAAUGCAUGUUGAGAAAAUGAGACGGGAAGCUCUGAUGAUAGAAGAGGAAAAAGACAACCUUUUUUCUACCUUAGAUGCUGUUAAGAAUUCAGAGUUGCUCGUUAGUUUGGAAGAAAGUGACAAAGAUGAUAUCCAAAGGUUUAUUGACAGAAUCUUCUCUCGCUGUAUGACAGUUGAUGUAGCUGUGCAUACUCAUCGUGACAACAUUCAAGAAGAUGCUCUUUAUCAGGUCAACAAUUUAAUAGACUCCUUAGUUAUAAAUUUGCAAAUGGAUCCCAAGUCUAGUAAAAAUAGAUGUCUCUCAUACAUGGCAGCUUGCUCGUCGGCUCCCAUUGGAAUCAGUGACAACGAUUUUGAAAGUGCGAUCCUCGGCUGUACUAUCGAUGAUCAGAAACGAAUCAAAAAGCGACUCCAAGGGCUAUUGGAUUACAUCAAUACUGCUUUGGCUGUGAGCGUUCGCGAUUUUGAUUAAUAUUGUAAGUAGAAUUGCUAAUUUCGACUGCAUUGUUUCCUUCUAUCUUCAUUUGUAUUCCUAUUACCUACCUUUAGUUUUUUUUACGUUUUAAACAUAUUUUUUCAAGGCAUAAUCAUUUUUAAAUUAUUUUGUUUUCAUCUGAAAAAUCAUUUUCAUUUUCUUGUCUGAGCUUUUCCAUUAUGUUGCACUCGUUUCAUCACCAUGGUUGUAAAGACAAGAUCCUUCAGGUCAUUUUUGCCUUAAAAGGCCUUUUAAUGACUUUAAUCAUUAAUAAUGUUGAGGAAACAUCUAGGAUUUUUCUUAGGAAUUCCAUGUCUUUGUAACUUUUUACAAUGGUGUAACAAGAAUGAAGAAGUAAUAGCUUUCCUUAGGUAUUAUACAAUUAAAAAUCUAAGGAAAGUAUUUGUCCUCCAAUUUUUGCUGUGCCUACUUUUGCACUAUUGCUGUUCCGACAGAAGAGAAGUUGAUAAACAAAUUAUUCAGAUUUUCUUUAAUUUUCACCAAGAAAUGAAGGUCUGCUGUUAGUAUAAGAAUAUUAAAAGUUAAUCUAAGUGUUUUUAGGAUGGAAACUGCCAUGUAGCACCGCUGAACACGGUAGGUGUUAAAGUGAACAUAUUCUCAUCUUGAAGUUAAAAAUAAUUAAAAUCUAAACAAUUUAAAGUAGCAGAAUUAUAACAUAGUAAAGUUACAUUACAUUUAUAAAGAUUUAUUGCAUUUCUAAAUCGCAAUGUAAGGAAACAGACUUAACCAAUGAACAUUAUGGGUAUUGGGAAAAGAGUGAAUGAUACCUCUCCCUUACUCUCUCUGUCUCUCUUUCUUUCACAUUAAAUCAAUUUGUAACACGCAUUUCCCUUAUUUUUUUAUGUGAAUUUUCAAUAAAUCACAAAUGCAAUGUCUUAUUACUCAAUUUGGAUGCUGUCACGCGUUAUUUUUCGUCCUGAUGCCUUUUAAAUUCGCCUUACGGCAAGUACAGGCUGAACUAAUUGCUGCCAUUCCCUUUGAUACAUGAUUUUAGCACUAUGUCAUUUUUCUUUAAGUUUUGCCUCUUAUAAGUGGACAGAUUUAACUGGUACCACCAAUUGAGUAAUUUGAUCAAAAUUUCUUCAGCUACAAAACAAGUGAUAGCCUUGAAAACCUUGCUGAUGUGUUUGAGCAGAGUACUGAAGUAUGAUGAUUGUAACGUCUUUUCAGUUUCAGUAAAUUCUAAAACUCCACUUGUAAUCGAUGUGAACUAGGUGCUGCUCAUCUUUAAUUAACUUAAUUAUCUUACCUUAAAAAAAAAAAUAAAUAAAUAAAAAAUUGCCGCUAAUUUCAGAGCACAGAUGUAUUCGUGAUUAGAGGAUCUUAUCGUUGAGCUGUUUUCUUGCAAUUUUAAUCUUAAAUUAUGAAAAUUGGGAGUUAAAUAUUGUUCAUCAAUAUUUUGUUUUUAUCUCUCAUUUUUACUAUAAAUUCAGGUGAAUUAAAACAUUGAAAUUUUUCCUCCAGCCUUGUGCUAGUUUUUUUUCUCUUUUGUAUCGUUCUCAUAGUAUGUACAAUUUCAGUAUGAAGCAGACUAAGUCUCAGUCCUUUUAUUCCUCUUCUUUUAUUUUUCUCUGGUAAAUUUUGUUUUUAAAUAAUACUAAAUUAGUAUUAUUGAGAAUUAUUCCAUCUGAGCUGUUAUGGAGCAUUUUAUUGAAUAAAUUUCUUCUUCAAUUUUUUUCAUCCAGUACUUAUUUUUUCAUCAACUUCAGCUCUAUGUCUGAAGAAAAGAUCAUUCAUUUGUCAAUGUUUCUAAGUAAUUUUCUUUAUGCAUUGCAUUUACUGAAGUUUUCUUGUUCACGUCGUUUCUUUUGUGCAAAUGGUCGUCCAAGAAUUUUCGAUUAAAUGGAGCUUGAACAUUUUCUUCUUUUGUAGUAAAUUGAAGUGUAAAAUAUAUAAAAUCAUUGAUUUUUUUUGUUCCAGCAAAA